AUGUUUUCUAGGAGCUUAUCCAUUAUUGGAAGGAGAGUUGGAAACACACUAUUUAGGAGCAAGAAAACUACCUUUGCCUUAAUUGCACUGCCAUUAUUUGUCAGCUAUAGAGGGAUUCAUUUGAAUAAUACUUACACUAGUAGCAUUAGAAACUACAGUCAAUUAGCAAAUACUAGGUUCACUAACAUGCCGAGCUUGACGCCACCACAGUAUCCACCUAGCUGGGAGUUCAAGCCAGAAGAUAUUCUAUCACAAACUAAAGAAUUUAUUGCUAACACUAAAUUGUUCUAUGACGAUUUAGUCGCCAUUGAUAAUCCUACUAUUGAAAACCUAAUUGUACCUUACAUCAACCAUGAAAAUGAAAACGAACUAUUGAUAAAUCAGCUCACCUUUUUACAACAUGUUUCGGAAGAUAAAACAAUUAGAGAUGCGUCUAUGGAGGCUACCAUGCUAUUGCAAGAUUUCGAGAUCGAAUCUGGCUCUAGAGUUGAUUUAUUUAAACAAUUCGAUCUGAUCUGGAAUCAAAUCAAGGAUAAGAAGGAUGAAUUUGAAGAUUUCGAAAUUUGGCGAUUUGUUGAAAAAUGUCAUAAGGACUAUGUUAGGGCUGGUUUAAAUUUGCCUGCCGAUAAGCUGGAAAAGGUCAAAGAAAUAAAAAAGAAAAUAGCCGACAAUUGUUUAAAAUUCUCUAAAAACUUAGGAGAACAGAAGGAAUAUAUAUUGUUUACCGCUGAAGAGUUGAAGGGUGUUCCAGAAAGUGUCAUUGAACAAUUUGAAAAAGUUAACGAUGAGUUUGGAAUUCAAAAAUUAAAAGUUACUUACAAGUAUCCUGAUAUUUUUCCUGUGUUGAAGAAUGCUCAAAAUCCUGAAACCAGGAUGAAGGCAUUCAUGGGUGAUCAGAAUAAGGUUCCCGAAAACGAGCAUUUGUUUAAAGAUACUUUGAAAUUGAGAAAUGAACUUGCCUUAGUCCUAGGAUAUGAUACGUAUGCUAACUAUAACUUGGAUAUUAAAAUGGCAAAAAAUGCGGAUACGGUGCUGUCCUUUGUGAAUGAUCUGAUUGUGAAACUUCAAGACCCAGCCAAGAAGGAACUGGAUAUCUUAAAGAACUUGAAAAAACAAGAAUUUGAAAAUGAAUUCAACAUGGUAUAUGAUGGUGAUUAUUAUAUUUGGGAUCACAGAUACUAUGACAACAAAUAUCUAAAAGAGAAUUUCAAUGUCGAUGAGGAAAAAAUUGCUGAAUACUAUCCCUUGGAAUCCACAAUUGAUGGUAUGUUGAAAAUUUACGAGACGCUUUUGAAGCUAAAAUUUGUUGAAGUCAAGGAAAACAAGAAAACUUGGCAUGAUGAUGUCAAACAAUUAGCAGUAUGGAAGUUAGAUACUCCUGAAAACCCAGAAUUUGUUGGUUGGAUCUUCUUCGAUUUACAUCCAAGAGACGGUAAAUAUGGGCAUGCAGCAAACUUUGGUUUGUCAUCCUCAUAUAUAAGUGCAAAUGGUACUAGGUCAUAUCCUAUUACCGCUUUGGUAUGUAACUUUUCCAAGUCUACCAAAGAUAAACCAUCAUUGUUGAAGCAUAGCGAAAUUACUACCUUUUUCCAUGAAUUAGGGCAUGGUAUUCAUGACUUAGUUGGAAACAAUAGAAUAGGUAGAUUCAAUGGUCCAGGUGCUGUACCUUGGGAUUUUGUUGAAGCUCCCUCUCAAAUGCUAGAAUUUUGGACUUGGAAUACAAAAGAGCUACUAUCAUUAUCACAAAAUUAUAAGGAUAACGCAAAAAUUGAUACCAAGCUGUUAGAGUCGUUGAUUAAAACCAAGCAUGUCAAUGGGGCUUUGUUUGCUUUGAGACAGCUACAUUUUGGCCUAUUCGAUAUGAAGGUUCACAUGAUGAGUGCUGAAGAGUUAGACAAAUUGGACAUCAAAAAAUUGUGGAAUGACCUUAGAGAAAAGAUCUGUCUAAUUUCUAACGGUGACCAGCCAACCACCGGCUAUAACUCGUUUGGUCAUAUAAUGUCUGGCUCGUACAGUGCAGGUUACUAUGGUUAUAUGUGGGCGGAAGUUUUUGCUACUGACAUGUACUACACAAAAUUCAAAGCAGACCCAUUGAAUCCGGAGGUUGGUGUCAAGUAUAGGGAUAUUGUUCUAGCGCGUGGUGGUUUAUACGAGAUUGACGAUAACUUGGAGGAGUUCUUGGGUAGAAAGCCUGCAAAGGAUGCAUUCCUGGAAGAAUUGGGUUUACAUUAG